AGGUGGCUUCACCCAAAUCUCAUCCUUGGUCUCAACUGAUGAUACUAAUCCUUCCUCUCCUCCAGUUUCAGAUUUUAUUGCGCUUGCGUAUUGUUACUCGUAUUGGAACACAGCUCUCUGACGUACUGACUCCAUCUGGCCUGAGGUGACCUACCAGAACAUUGCUGCCAUCAAGGAGGACUCUGAUGAAAAAAUAAAAUUUUACAGGAUAAAAGUUGAAGAAUUUCCAAACAUGCUGGAAGAAUCAUUUAGCCUUAAAGUGAAUCUACUUAGUGCCAAGUUGCAAAAAGUUGAAAAUGCCUUAAGAAAUGAAAUUUUGCUUGAUUUACAAGAAGAAAUUUGCAACCAACAUGCUAAAGUCUUUCUCCUUUGGACUUUACAUGAGCAAAUAUUGGCCAAAGAAAUCACCAUUGAAAUACUGGAAAAAGAUCCUAAUAACUUGUUGGCGUUAACAAACCAAGCGUUAAUGUUCCUGCAUUAUGAAAAUUUCCCUGAAGUCGAUAGAGUGCUAGAGAAACUGAACACUUUAAAAAACAGCACCAAUUUCCCUUCAUUAGAAGCAAGAGGUAAAGCUGAAAUUGCCUUUUGCAUUUCUAGAAUAUCUUUUCCCCAUUAUCAACGUGCUAUUGAACUUUUCAAAGAAGCUCUUCAGGUUUGCCCAAACAAUUAUUUUUGGCUUUUUCGCUUGGCUCUGCUAAUUUAUCGUGGGAUAAGGAUAUUACAUGAUAAAGAAAAGAUGGAAAAAUUUUCAAAGGAAGCUACUGAAAUUCUUCAAAGAAUUACUUCAAAUUAUCCUCAUCAUGUUAAUGAUCAGCUAAUGGCUAAAACUUUGGUUUUGUUAGGAUCUCUUCAAAAUAUUGCUUUUGUUCAUUCUCGUACUAGGACAACGAUUAAAUAUUUCCAGAGAGCUUGUAGUUUGUUUCCUCAAGACCGAUUUGUAAUGGAAAAAAGUGCUUCUUUCUAUUUAACAAUCGCUAAGUAUGAAGAUGCACAGAAAUUGCUGGAAGAAGCCAUUAAAAGGAAUGAAACCUCACUUUCACAUCAUCAUCUUGGUAUUAUUUAUAGGAAUCAAAUUCCUGGAUACAAAGAUUUGUGCGUUAAAAAAUUACCCUUCUCUAAUUGUAAAACACAAGAACUAAAAGAAUUAAAAGUCGAAAAACGAAUAUUAAAAUGUCCUGAGAUAAUACCUGAUAUUGAAAGAAAUGAAAGUGUUGAUAAGGCUGAAUACCAUUUUAAAAGGGCUUAUGGUCUGGAUCCUAGUAAUUUGCAUGUUUUGUAUGAUCUGGCUUUGUUAUACAGAAGUGUGCGUGAAUACGAAAAUGCGAUGAAAUGUUUUGAAGAUAUAAACUUUUCAGUUUUGGACAUUUGGGAAAAGAUCAAAUACUUCAUUCAAUAUGGAAAAUUUUGUUUUUUUCUGGCUGAUAAAAAAGAAAGUGAAGAAGAGAAACAAGAUUUAAUAGAUGCUGGUACAGAUAUGUUUGUCUGUGCCAUCAAUCAUUUAUCUGAGAUUCUGGUGCUCAAUAAAAGACAGAAACAAAUUUGGGAUAUCAAAAAGAUAAUGAAAGGAAUUUAUAACUUUGCUGACACAGAAUACAAAAGUAAUCUAAUGAAAUUAAUUCAGUCUAUAAAAGAAUUGCCUGAUGAGGGAGGAAUUUUCCCCAAACUUCUCAAAGAAUGUGGUGGAAAUGAACUUUCACAAAAACUACGAUUGUUAUGCCGGCAGGAGAAAUUUCAACAAGCUUUUUUCCAUUUAGAGUUUUCUGGUUGUCAACAAAGUGAAAUUGAUGUAGACCUUAGGAAAACAAUUUAUCUUCAAUAUGCUAAAGAGUUCUAUGGAAAGAGACAGAAGGUAGCUACAAUAAUUUUCAAAAAAUAUUAUGAACUUUGCUUUGGGUAUUCCCAAGAAUCUGGACACAAAGUAUGUACACUUAGCUCAUCAAAGAUUCCUUUUUUUCAAUAUGAUGUCUACAUUUUAACAUCAAAAAGUGAUAAUGGUGAUGCUAAACAUCUAGCAGAGAGUUUGGUGACAUAUUUUGGAUUGCAAACUAGCUACGGAGACUCUGAUUUCACUCUAGGAAUAGGAAAAAUGGUAAAUGUUCAUAAAGUAAUGGAAGACAGCUGCCAUAUUGGAAUUUUUUAUUCCCCGGAUAUUUUAUCUGAAACGGAAUAUGCCAUGGAAAUUAUGAAAAACCGAAAAUUGAAAACUGGGAAGAUUUUUCUGAUAAAUAGUUCUGAGAUACCCAAACAUUUACAAAGUUUUCCUAAUGUCGACUACAAGAACAAGAAUCACACAGAACUGUUAAGACUCUUUGAAUUGCUUUGUUCGUCAGAGAUAGAUAGAGAGAUGGAUGGAUAAUUGGAAUGAUGGACGGACGAAUGGAGUGAUGAACAGAUGAAUGGAUAGGUGGAUGCAUGCAUACAUAUAUACGUAUGUAUUAUUCUUUUCCCUUGAAUUUUCUCUGGUACUCCAUCACUACCAACUUUGCAUUAUAUCAUUAAUUUUCUAUAUAAUUUUUUUUUAUAUGUGACUGUGGAUUUUCAUCGAUUAGUUCAUGAACUUUGGUUCUUUUCUCUAAAAGAGACUUUGGUUCUUUUCUCUAUUGAUAUUUUAUACUGUGAAACUUAAUUUAAUUUUAAUUCUUAAUAAAUUGAAUUUAAUUGAG